AUGGCAGAGAUAGGAGAAAAUGUGGCAAGAGGAAGAGAAGAAGGAGAUGAUGGAGUGGGAGGUUUAAGGCAACCUCAUGACCCCCAGAGCCCUGCCCACUUUCCCUUUUCUGCUCCCCCAGUUAGGGCCCACCAUGUCGGGCUCAGGAGGGGCAUUGUGAUCCAGCUAACAGGCACAGAGGGUGAGUGGGACAGUCUGGAUGACAACGAGCUCAUCUUCCCCCUUGAACACAACGACUAUGACGACCAGACUCCCUACAUCUCCCUCUCCAAGGAGAGACAGAACUCCAUGGAAGAGGAGAACCAACACUACCUCCACUCCCCAGCCUUCCACGUACCCCUCUCCCCCUCCUCACCUGGGUCCCUAGGGGACUGCUCCAACUCAGCCCCCAGCUUCCUCUCCCCCAGCCCAGCCACCCCCACCCACCGACCACUGGCUAGCCUGGUCAAGUCCCUGUCCACGGAACUGGAGCUCCCUCAUGGCUCAUCCCUCAGACCCAGGCCCUUCCUCAGCCUAGUCAAGUCCAUCUCUACUGAGAUCUCCCGCUCAGAGCCAGAGGUGUCGCAGUCCAAGUCUGACUCCCGCCUCAACUUGCACCUGCAGUGGAAGAACCUGACUCAGCCUAAGGGAAGGAGUGACGGAGACUCCCGUACCGCGCCACCCUCGCCCAUCGCUCUAUCCCCGUCCGAGGGCACCAAGGCGGGCUUCUUCAAGAUGGAGCUGGAGGACACGAAGCGGAAGUUCUCUGAGGCCAUGCAGGAGCCUAUGUUCAGUAAACCUAUCAGUAUUUUCAGUAAGAUCAUGGGGGAUGAGAAGGAGAAUGCAGCAGCAGGCAGCCCCAAGCACCAGAGAGCUACAGGGACUCACUCAGCUGGCUCCCCCAGCUCCAGAGGUGUCUAUGUGGGGAGGAUGGAAAGCACGGAGGUGGGCAUCACAGAGUCUCCGCUGCGGAGCGCCAAGAGAACGGAUGGUGACUCUCCGCCGGUGUUUGACUGGCCGUGUGUCAAACACCCAAAGAAGGGUCUGCCCACUAGAACAUGUUCUGUCCACGAUCACCACGGUAACAAACCCAACGACAAUUCAGAGGAACUGGAGAUCUGCACCUACGAUGAAGUCAUGCAGGUUGUUGCCAUUGAGAGUCAUCAUCACAGGCGCCCGCAGAGAUUGCCUGGUUCGCUGAUCUCCUCAGGACCCCAUCGUGUGGUUGUUCAACCCACCUCUCCACCUCCUCCACCACACAUGGUGUUGUUCUGUGUGGCUGUGUUGUCCUACGCCUACUUCAUCCUUCCCCUGGGCCCCUAUAUAUCAGGCCUGGCUCUGGGCAUGGCCUUUGGCUUCCUGCUGGGGCUGCUGCUCAUCAGGUUGGGCUCAACCAGACACACAGCUCAGCCACAUCCACACAGAGACGUUCAGGCCCUGACUGAGGUUGUUAAGCAAGCUGAUGCCCUCGGCAACGAAUCAGACGUCCUCAAGGGCUGGCUGAACGAGAUGUUUGAGUACGACCCAGAGACCUACCACCUGUCCCUGACCCACUCUGUGUUCGCCAGCCUGGAGGGGCACUGCCUUCGCCUGGACUACCCCAGGAACAACAUCAGCCGCAGAGCCACCUACGAUGAAAAGCCUCCCGAGGCUGCGGUUGUCAGCACACGCUGCUUCCAGCUACGACACAGCAAGGUGUUCCUGCUGCCCUCUGAGCUAGCCCGUAAGAGGCUGUGGAACCUGAAGUACCCUAUCUGUAUUGAGCUGGCAGAGGGAGAGGGGGUCAUGGAGGAGGGGAGGGGCACAGUGGAGACCCCAAAAGAGGAGCAGGGGGGAGACCCCCAACUCCAAACACGACCCACCUCUAACCCCAAAACAGCAGCCAACCUCCCCACAACCCUAUACCUAUUCGGACGGACAGGAAGAGAGAAGGAGGAGUGGUUUCAUCACUUCCUGUCCGCGUCCAUGGUAAUGGAGAAGGAGAAGGAGAAUGAGAGGCCUGGCAGAUGUGUUUGCAGAUCAGAUGUGCCGGUAUUGCGAGGGGUGAGCCCAUCAAGACGGUCCCAGGACAGCAGAAGUUCCAGCAGGAUUGGGAGCACUGAAGAGGACCUCCCCGUUCCCCCUUCUGCCCCCUCCAUCCAACCAUCCAGGGUGGGCUCUCCACUGCUGGACUACCCCACCUACAUGGCUCGUUUCCUGCCCUCAGAGCAGCCCAGCCCCCUGCCCAGUCCACCCCUCAACAGCACAGAGACAAGCCCCACCAACAAAGUGAGGGUGAGUUCCGCUGACCACCUGAAUGAAAAAUCUAGAAACAGAUAGAUUAUAUAAUUAAAUAGUGACAGCACUGACUGGGUCAAUGCACUGAUUGGUCGAAUAUUCUGGGACUUCCUGCGUGAGAAAUAUUGGACGGACAUUGUCUCUAGAAAGAUCCAGAAAAAGUUGAGCAAAAUCAGACUGCCUUACUUCAUGAAUGAGCUGACUCUGACUGAACUGGAUAUGGGCUCCUGUCUGCCCCAAAUCACCAGUGCGUCCAGACCUGUAGUCAACAGCAGAGGCUUGUGGCUGGAGCUGGAGGUGGUAUAUACUGGGGCCCUGCAGAUGACCCUGGAGACCAAGAUCAACCUGUCCAAACUGGGCAAGGAGGGCAAGGAGGGCAAGGAGGGAAGCCUGGACACAGACAGCCUCACUGAUACUGGCAGCCUAGGACCCGUCCUCAGUGUUUUGGCUGACAGUGAUGAAGAGUCCUCCAGCGCCGGCUCUUCAGAUGAGGAGGAAGUACUGCUCUCAGAGCACCAAAGCAUUGUGGGAGAAAAGGGGACUCUACCUGGUGCUGAAGGGAUUGCUGCUGGUGGCGGGAGGACAGGCAGGCGGAUUUUGAGAUUUGUAGACAAAAUUGCUAAGUCUAAGUACUUCCAGAAGGCAACAGAGAAUGAGUACAUCAAAAAGAAGAUUGAGGAGAUGUCCAACACGCCCCUGCUGCUGGCAGUGGAGGUUCAGGAGCUUUCUGGGACACUGGCUGUCAACAUCCCUCCUCCCCCUACUGAUAGAAUAUGGUACAGUUUCUGUGUGCCUCCCAAGCUGGACCUGCGUGUCAGACCCAAGCUGGGGGAGAGGGAGGUCACCUUCUGUCACGUGACCGAGUGGAUUGAGAAGAAGCUGCAGGAUGAGUUUGAGAAAGUAUUUGUGCUGCCCAACAUGGACGAUAUCUACCUGCCUCUGAUGCAUUCUGGGAUGGACAGUCCUCCAGCUGGGCUGCUGGAGGAGUGUCCAGCCCAGUCGUCACACUCACAACACUCCUCCAUGGAGUCCAUCGAGAGGAUCUCCCAGGACAAUACUGCUGCAGACUUGGACUUGGACUACACUGAACAAAAAUAUGAACUCAACAUGUAAAGUGUUGGUCCCAUGUUUCAUGAGUUGAAAUAAAGGAGGAUUUCUGUCUGUAAUAAAGCCAUUUUGUGGGGAAAAACUCAUUCUGAUUGGCUGGACCUGGCAGCCCACCAAGUGAAAUCCAUAGAUUAGGAACAAAUGUAUUUAUUUAAAUUGUCUGAUUUCCUUAUGUGAACUGCAACUCAGCAACAUAAUUGAAAUUGUUGCAUGUUGCGUUUUUUUUGUUCAGUAUAGAUGUGCCACCAAAUGUAGUGAGAUACUGUAUAUUACAGACUUUAAGUGAUACCUUUGGUCAAUGUUUACAUGUGAGGAACAGUAAAGCGAUGUGUGUUUGCGUGUGGAUUUAAUUUUUUUACAGUUCAAUGUCCUUUUGAUCAGACAGUCCAUAUUUAAUACGUGAAAGAUGAAAACGAUCGUUGAAUAAAACCAAGACAUAUAGAAAUGUUUUUA